AUGCAUUACUCGGCCACAAACUCUUCAUUACUCGGCUACAAACUCUUCAUUAUCCUGAGGAAGAGACAAUCAUAUCCUUAUCUGGAUCCCCAUGCUGGAACCAUUUCCCCAUUUGAGCAUGUCAAACUGCUUUUCUUGGACGAUCGUGGCAAGGUGGAUCUUAAUCUUGAAAACUAUGAGAGGUUUCUAGAUAUCAAAUUAACCCGAGACAGCAACAUCAAUACCGAGAAAAGUUACCUGCAUGUACUUGCUAAAGAGAGGAAAUGGGAUUAUUUGGCAAAGACUGUUAGAGAAGUUGCGAUUAUUUUUGUUGAUGGAGAAGAGGGUCCUCCUGAUGUUUGCGUUAUCGAAUUAGGGGAAACUAUAAUAGGUGAUAUUGAAUCUGCACCUUUUACCGUGUCGGAACAAAGAGCUGAUGCUGACUUCAGGGACCAUCCCACUGGUGGAGAAAAUGAUCUCUCGUUCCAACUCCCGAGGGCCAGCAUCUACUUUAUAUCUAAACCUCUCCUGCCUCGAGGAAGCCAUGCCCAUGAUGGCUCAAGUCAAGGAAUUCCCGUUUUCCUCAGUCUUCUUCUUCAGGGCGAAAAAAAACGUGAAAACCAAUGCAAGCUGGACACCCUUCACGCACUCUACAACCUUUGCACCUAUUCUCCCAAUAAUCCCACUCUACUAUUAUCUGGCAUAAUCAAAAAGCGUCCAAGCCCUGGCAUUGACAGGUUUUGCUUGUGGAUAGAGAAGUCAUUGGCCGUGUUACUAAAUCUAGCCUCCAGCCAAGAAGGAAGAGAAGAUAGAAUAUCAUCACCAAGACUGAUGAUCAGUCGUUUCUUGCCUUGUGUUCUUAUGCACGGGAAGCGAAUAAAGCGUCACAAAGCGAACACAAGUGGUUAUUGUUUCUGA